AUGGCAGAGAGAGUGCAGAUAUCAGACUUGAUCUGGUUAAAACCUGAACGGCAAUCUGAAUAUGAUAUCCCCAUAGCAGUGAAGGUGCUUAAUAGUUCUGGGGGUAAAUUAGAAGUCAGGGAUGAUGACGGAAGGAAAUUCAUUACUGAUGCUACCAAUGUCAUCAAACCUCUUCAUGCUACGUCCAUUACAAGUGUUGAAGAUAUGAUAACGCUGGGAGAGCUCCAGGAGUUUACUAUUUUACGCAAUCUUCAUAUUCGAUACAAUCAGCAGUUAAUUUAUACCUAUACCGGAUCUAUGUUAAUAGCGAUUAAUCCAUACGAAAUACUGCCGAUAUACACAAUGGAUCAAAUACACUUUUAUCAAGAUAGAAAUAUAGGUGAUAUGCCUCCACAUAUAUUUGCCAUCGGUAGUGAUUCAUACAAAGAGUUACUGGAUACAUCUUCAAAUCAAUGCGUCGUAAUCAGCGGUGAAAGUGGAGCUGGUAAAACUGAGAGUACAAAAUUACUUCUGCAAUAUCUAGCAGCAGCUAGUGGUAAGCAUUCCUGGAUCGAACAACAGAUACAAGAGACAAAUCCUAUACUUGAAGCUUUCGGGAACGCUAAAACUGUUAAAAACGACAACUCUUCCAGAUUUGGGAAGUAUAUUAAUAUUUAUUUCAAUAAUCAAGGCAUAAUUGAAGGUGGGAAUAUUGAACAGUAUUUAUUGGAAAAGUCUCGUAUAGUGCGCCAAAGUAAGGGAGAGAGAAAUUAUCAUAUCUUCUACUCACUCGUCACAGGCUUGUCCGCGGAAGAAAAGAAGAAACUUGAGCUUACUAGACCUCAAGAUUAUGAAUACCUUAACUCUGGCAGUAUGUUAACAUGUGACGGAAGGAAUGAUGCACUAGAAUUUUCGGAUAUUAGAUCAGCAUUCAAAGUGCUCAACUUUUUAGACGAAGAAGUUUGGGGAGUUUUUAACUUACUUGCUGCAAUUUUACAUUUGGGAAAUCUUAAAUUCAAAUCAUAUAGCUCAAAUAAUAUUGAGUCAUCUGAAGUGGCAGAUGCAACUAAUGCAAGCAGAAUUGCAUCAUUACUAGGUGUUAAUAAAGUGCAUUUUUGUGAAGCACUUACUCGCAAGACGUUUAUUGCUCACGGUGAGAAGAUUGUUUCAAAUGUAUCAGCUAGUUCAGCUACUGAAGCAAAGCACGCUCUCGUUAAAGCUAUAUAUGGAUCAAUUUUCGUCUAUAUAGUGGAAAAUAUAAACAAAACGUUACAUAAAGACGAAACCCUCUGCGGUGGAUCAAUAGGAAUAUUAGAUAUUUUUGGUUUUGAAAAUUUUGAUAAUAAUAGCUUUGAGCAACUGUGUAUUAAUUAUGCGAACGAAAACCUGCAACAGUUUUUUGUUAAGCACAUAUUCAAACUUGAGCAGGAGCAGUAUCAAAAGGAGGGCAUUACUUGGACAAAUAUUAAUUAUGUCGAUAAUCAAGAGAAUUUGGAUACUAUUGGUUUGAAACCUAUGAAUAUAUUGUCACUGAUUGAUGAGGAAUCUAGAUUUCCUAAGGGCACAGAUUUAACGUUGUUAGAUAAAUUAAAUACAAAUCAUGGCAGUAAAAAGUGUUAUGCGGCUCCAAAAUCGACGAGAGACCACACGUUUGUAAUACGACACUUCGCAGGAGACGUUUAUUACAAUGUCAAUGGGUUCCUUGAUAAAAACAGGGAUAUGCUCACAACUGAUUUGAAGGAACUUUUAAUGGAUUCAACGAACAAAUUUUUAAAGACGAUAUUUCCAAUUGACCUUUCGCCGCAUAGUGGUAGUCGAAAACCUGUAUCGUUGAGUCAUCAGUUCAAGACGUCCCUUGAUUCCCUUAUGAAGACCUUGUAUGCCUGUCACCCGUUCUUUGUACGCUGUAUCAAACCAAAUGAGCUGAAAAAGCCUCGGAUUCUGGAUCGACCACUAUGCGUCCGUCAACUAAGGUACGCCGGAUUAAUGGAGACAGCAAAAAUAAGACAAGCCGGCUAUCCUAUAAGACACUCAUAUGCAGAAUUUAUUAACCGGUACCGGCUUAUUGUACCAGGUAUUCCACCCGUAGAAAAAGCCGAUUGCAAGGAAGCUGCCAAAAAAAUUUGUGUUCAAGUCUUAAAAGACCAAGACUUUAGGCUUGGACAUACGAAAGUAUUCCUAAAAAAUCACCACGAUGGAAUUCUGGAAGAGUUAAGGCACAAAGUUGUUAUAAAUGCAGUUAUCAAAGUUCAGACUAAUGGAAGACGGUUCAUCUACAGACGAAGAUUUCUAAGACUACGAGCCGCGGCUUUAACGGUACAGAAACAUUUCCGAUCGCGAGGCUAUAGAAAUAGAUACUUGAUAAUGAGAAGAGGGUACUUGCGAUUACAAGCCGUGUUGAAAUGUCGAGAACUUAGAAAAACCUUCUUAAACCUAAGAGGGUUUUUCACAAAACUUCAAACUCAAAUCAGAGGAUAUUUGCUUCGAAAAAUGAUACUAGACAAGCGUUCUAUUAUAACCGCGCAAUUAGCACAGUUUAAAAAAGACAAAGAACAGAGUAAGUUGGAUACAAAAUCUGCAGAGGAUGAAUAUGAGAAAAAAUACACGGAGUUUAUGAGAGCUGUUUGGAUUGGAAAAGAUGUGGGCGUAGAAGCUGCCCAGAACACUGCGUUUAUAGAUGAUAGAUAUGUUGAUGACGUGUUUGGUUUUUUAAAGGAUACUGCGACUCCGGCGGGGACUGUUAGAGGAACAGGAUUCGGAGUAAGUGCAGUCGAAAAACCCACAGCAGUAGAUGUUAUUAAUAUACCCCUUCAGAGAGAGUAUGAGGAUGAGGCAUUCGAUGAGUUUAAUUUCAAGAAGUUUGCGGCUACUUAUUUCUUAGGAAACGUCAGCCACCAAUACUCUCGGAAACCUCUUAAGCAUCCUCUUCUGGACCUGCCGUCGCCCGUAGAUAAGGCAGCAUCACAGGCUCUAUGGAUCACUAUAUUGAGGUUUAUGGGCGAUAUCGCUGAACCUAAAUAUGUCGAUGAUAAGAAGGAUAACACACCCAUAAUGACCAAAUUAACAGACACCGUUGGACGAGCAUUCCAAAAAAGCAAAGAAUUCGAGGAGAUGCUAAAAGAAAACAAUGAUGGUAAGAGAAUGAUCCAACGAACUCUAAAAAACAAUCGAAGUUGA